UUAAAAUGUCAUGUCAGCCAUAUUUAAAUUUUUAGUGAUUCGGGAAUUAUCGCUUGCGAUGGAGUCAUAUUUUUGCGUAAUAAAUACUGAUUGUAGUACUGCUGGAAAUUUAUUGAAAUUAUGUCAUUUGUUUAUCUCGUCUCAGUUCGAUCGUGUUCAAUACAGAAAAGUCUCUUCCGUUUGACAAAAUUCAACUGAGAAUUGUUAUUGUUCAAGAAAUUGUCGAUACGGGAGACAUCUUGUGUUGAAAAACCUAGAAGUAUCUCGACUUGGCCGAUUGUCUUUCACGUGAAAAGUUCGCAAAAUUAACGUGUAAUAACGAAAAGCAACAAACAUGGAUGUCUCGUGGGAUGCGGAUAAUUUCGAGCCUAAACUUCCGACCACGUUGUCCAACAGAUGGGAAGGCGAGGACGAGGAAGAGAUUGUCAAGGACAGUUGGGAAGAUGAAGAAGAAGAGAAGAAAGACGAGGAAAAGAAGGAGGUAGUACCAGCACCAACUAAACCAAAAAAGAAAAUCUUGGACAAGAUAGCUGAGAAAGAGAGGCUUGAACGUGAGAAAGCAGAGCGUCUCGCCGCUGAAAAAGAAGAGGAACUCACUCCCGAACAGAAACUAGCAGAAAAGUUAAGACGGCAGAAGUUACAAGAAGAGUCAGACCUCAGGCUUGCAAUGGAGACUUUUGGUAUAACUGAAGGUCAAGGCGGCAAAAUUGAUAAUUUUCAUCCGACCAAUAAGGAAGAAUUCACAGAAUUUGCUGACCUUCUUUGUAAAAAAAUUAAUUUUUACAAAGCUAAAGAUGAAUUCCCCGCUUUUGUUGAUGAACUGGUCAAAAAUAUUGUAGUACAAAUGCCAUCGGCAGACAUAAAAAGGAUAAAGAUGACGGUUGAUAAUCUGUACAUUGAGAAACAAAAGGCAGAAAAGAAUGAGAAGUCUAAAAAGACAAACAAAGGCAAAGGCAAGGCUAAGUUAAAAGUGGAAGGCGAUAAUGCCCAUCUCAACCAAUACGACGCUUACGGUAACUUCGAUGCGGACUACGACGAUUUCAUGUAAACCCGACACCGACAUACAAUACCUGGCCCCUGAUGAUGGAAAAUGAUAUAUUUUUUUAUUACAAACUACAACUACAACAUGACUGAAACACCUUCUGUAUGAUAUCAUACGUAACUUUUAAAUAUGACUUAUAAAAAUUCCCUUUAGUUUUUUAAGUUUUGAAAAUACAUGUCAGCCUGAAAAUUCUUGUUGUAAUAUGUAUAUACAUAAUAUGUAUUCUUGUAAAUGUCCAUCACAAUGGUGUUUUUCAUUUUUUAAGUUGCUUGAAUGAUUUACUCAGUGUAAAUGGAAGGGCCGGAAAUAUUUACCCUAACUGCUAAUAUAGAUUAUAAAUAAACAAUAAUAUAAUUUAAAAAAAAAAAA